UCUUCGUCAUAAAUGAUAAAUGGAAGAGGAAUUGGAAGUCUAAAAAUGCUGGUUUUAUUUUUAGACAAAUACUGAUUAUUAAAAACCCAAAAAGGAUAUUAUUCCCAGAUGACAUUUUUUUUUUUUUUCCCUCACAACCUUUUCAUUACCUCUACUUCUAUGUUCUCUAGUAAAAAUGUUUGAAUUUUUGACCUCUUUAAUUCUGUCUUACAUGAAAAUUUUUCAAAUUUAAAUAUUAUAUGGUUCUUUAUACAGUCGUGUAUGUUUGUUCAUAAGCAGUUUCAUGAGAAAAAAUUUCAUGAGAAAAAAAAAAUAUAUUAUUUUAUAAAUAAGAAUUUAGAAAGUACAAACAGUUCAAGCGCAUUUGAGGAAAGAGAAAAACUGUAGAAAUAAGACGACGACAAUGCAAAAUACAAGCAUUUUGCAGCAUCAAUCAACAAACCCAUGAAGUUGACUCUCAAGGCUGUAGAGCUCAGUCUGUUAGCAAAGGACAGCACGGUUUCAUACUAGACAGCGAUUUCCAAAGGCUUUGAAAAUAGGCAAUUUUGGUUGAGAGUGAGAAGAGUAGAAUGAAAUUGACGCCAAGGGAGGUUGAGAAAUUAGGUUUGCACAAUGCUGGAUAUCUUGCACAGAAGCGACUUGCUCGAGGUUUGAAGCUCAAUCAUACUGAAGCUGCAGCACUCAUAGCCUCACAGAUUUUGGAGUUUGUUCGUGAUGGAGACAGAUCUGUGGCAGAAUUGAUGGACUUAGGGAAACAACUCCUUGGAAGGAGGCAAGUUCUUCCUGCUGUUCCAUAUCUCUUGGAUUCAGUUCAGGUUGAAGGGACCUUCCCUGAUGGGACUAAGUUAAUCACCAUCCAUGAUGCCAUUGCUAGUGAAAAUGGAAAUCUGGAGCUAGCUUUACAUGGUUCUUUUCUUCCAGUUCCUCCACUUGAGAAGUUUCCAUGGGUUGUAGAUAAUAUUAAUCCUGGUGAUAUAAUCUAUGGGAGUAGUGAUCCUAUUGCUAUUAAUUCUGGAAGGAAAGCAGUGAUCCUCAGAGUUGUCAACACUGGAGAUAGGCCGAUACAGGUUGGUAGCCACUAUCACUUUAUUGAGGUCAAUCCCUCCUUGGUUUUUGAUCGAUGGAAAGCAUAUGGCAUGCGCCUCAACAUAGCAGCUGGCACAGCCACACGAUUCGAGCCUGGGGAUUGUAAAAAAGUCACACUUGUAAAGAUUGGAGGUAACAGAGUGAUCAGAGGAGGAAAUGGCAUUGCAGAUGGUCCAGUUGAUGAUGCCAAAUUCAAAGAAGUCAUGGAAGCUGUAAAAUCAAGAGGCUUUGGAAAUAAAGAAGAAGAAAAUGCUAGUGAAGGUGUUACUGGAAUAGAAUCAGCUUUCACCACAAAAAUUUCUCGUGAAAAAUAUGCUACAAUGUAUGGUCCCACAACUGGUGACAAAAUUCUUCUUGGUGAUACUAACUUGUAUGCUGAAAUAGAAAGCGAUUUUGCUGUAUAUGGUGAUGAAAGUGUAUUUGGAGGUGGCAAAGUUAUAAGAGAUGGGAUGGGCCAGUCUUGUGGACAUCCACCAACUGGCUCUCUGGAUACUGUUAUAACUAAUGCUGUGAUCAUUGAUUAUAGCGGAAUUAUUAAAGCAGAUAUCGGUAUCAAAGAUGGUCGUAUUGCUUCCAUUGGGAAAGCUGGCAAUCCAGAUAUCAUGGAUGGUGUUUUUUCUAAUAUGAUCAUCGGGGUCAACACUGAGGUAAUUGCCGGGGAAGGAAUGAUAGUAACUGCAGGGGCUAUAGACUGUCAUGUACACUUCAUUUGCCCUCAGUUGGCAUUUGAAGCAAUAUCAAGUGGCAUCACAACACUAGUAGGAGGUGGAACAGGACCUGCCGAUGGAACUCGUGCAACAACUUGUACACCAGCGCCAUCACAAAUGAAACUUAUGCUGCAAUCAACUGAUGACCUGCCUCUAAAUUUUGGUUUUACAGGGAAGGGUAACAGUUCCACAUCUAUAGAGCUACAUGAAAUAGUCAAAGCUGGGGCAAUGGGAUUGAAGCUUCAUGAGGACUGGGGAACUACCCCUGUUGCAAUAGAUGAAUGUUUGACUGUUGCAGAACAACAUGACAUCCAGGUUAAUAUCCAUACAGACACCUUGAAUGAAUCUGGAUUUGUGGAACAAACAAUUGCUGCUUUUAAAGGAAGAACCAUCCAUACUUAUCAUAGUGAAGGUGCAGGGGGAGGCCAUGCUCCAGAUAUCAUCAAAGUAUGUGGUGUGAAGAAUGUCCUACCUUCAUCAACGAAUCCAACACGGCCUUUCACCUACAAUACUGUAGAUGAGCAUCUUGACAUGUUGAUGGUCUGCCAUCACCUUGACAAGAACAUUCCAGAAGAUGUACAGUUUGCUGAAUCAAGGAUAAGGGCCGAAACAAUUGCUGCAGAAGAUAUUUUGCAUGAUAUGGGAGCAAUUAGCAUUAUAUCUUCUGAUUCACAAGCUAUGGGUCGAAUUGGAGAGGUGAUAAGCAGAACUUGGCAAACUGCCCACAAAAUGAAGUCACAAAGAGGGUCUAUUGGCCCUAGUGGAUCGCUCAAUGAUAACUUUCGAAUCAAAAGAUACAUUGCCAAGUACACUAUAAAUCCAGCGAUAGCUAAUGGGCUUUCUCAGUAUGUUGGUUCGGUUGAGGUGGGAAAGUUGGCUGAUCUUGUUCUAUGGAAACCAUCAUUUUUUGGGGCAAAACCAGAAAUGGUCAUUAAAGGUGGCGUAAUUGCUUGGGCUAAUAUGGGUGAUCCAAAUGCAAGCAUCCCUACACCUGAACCAGUUAUGAUGAGACCAAUGUUUGGAGCAUUUGGCAAAGCCGGUAGUUCUCAUUCUAUUGCAUUUGUCAGCAGGGCUGCAAUGGAGAAUGGAGUGAAAGACUUAUACGGACUGCACAAGAUGGUAAGAGAAGUGAGCAAUGUUAGGAGCCUCACCAAACUUGACAUGAAGCUCAACGAUGCGCUUCCAAACAUCACGGUCGACCCCGAGGCAUAUACGGUUACAGCAGAUGGUGAGGUUCUUACCUGUGCUGCUGCCACCACUGUUCCCCUCUCUAAGAAUUACUUCCUCUUUUAAGCUCUCAAAACUUACUUCAUACUAUUUCUAUAAAACUGUGACAAACCAAUUGGUGAUCCUUGAAAAUAAUUAAAAAAUUGAAAAAAAAAAUCUUUGUACUUGUGAUCUGUAUGCUGCACGUGGUGAAUGCAGUAGAUAGCUAAAACAAUAUCUAUAGUUCUUUCUAUAAGUCAGGGGAUAAGAGAAAUAGAGACCACGGAGCAUACAAUUUGUACGAAAAAGAGAGAGAUAAUAAUGAUGAUCAUUUUGAGUGCAAGUUAUAUCUUUGCC